GAAUCUGAAUGCGAUUCGUCAUACAAUCCGUUGUUCGAGAAUUUGUUGUAUUUGGGAACAGCUGCUUAUAUGGUGGCUGGUCUAUUUUUUCACAUUUCCAUACUGAAAACGAUUCUGGUAACGGAGAGAAGCUAUUAUAAGGAUAACUCAUUUUUCAUGUUGUUUGCCAUGGAUUCGAUUGCGAGCACCACCCUAAUCCUAAACGACCUGCUCUUUGGCCGUGUAUUUAUGUACAUUCCGCAACUCUGUCCCUAUGUUUCUCCAUUCUUCUGGACCCCUUCUAUCCUUCUAAACACCCUUUAUGCCCUUAAUAAUCAUGCUAGAUUCGCGAAAUCUGUGGUUCAAAUCUUUAUGGUGCUCAACCGAAUGUCAUGUGUUCUGUUGCCAGCUGUUUAUAAUAAACUCUGGUCCACGAUGACCCCAAUUGCCUGCGUUAUGAGUGUAUGUGUCCCUUUUGCUGGAAUAUGGAAUAUUAUCAUUUCUAGAACAUUCAUUGUAGCAGUUCGUGGUGGCUUUGGAAUCAACUAUAUCAAAGCAGCCUCCCUUUCCAUGUUCCAGUCCAUUUUUAUUAUCACCGCUCUAUCCUUCACAUUCAUUUGCACAUCGGUUACUCUCUACAAGCUAAUCUUACUACCCGGCCGUAUAAAAUCCGCUGAAAAAUCCCUUUGCUUCACUAGUAUUUCAAUAUCUUUUACGUUUGUUCUAGUGGCAAUUACUCAGAUGUUGUUUGCCACGUGUCCAAGUUGUCGUUCAGAUGAACUGUAUAUUUUGCAGUUUCUGGCUUUUGACACUUUCACGGUGGGCUUGGUCGGCGUUCAGUUUGGUAGCCGGAGAAGUUUCAGAACAGCUAUCGUCAUGAUUCUCACUAAUCGACAAUUGCGAAAUUCCGUGUUU